AUGAAGAAUAAACCUAACACGAAACCAAACAAAGUAUCAAAACCUUCCAAAAAAUCACAACAGAGAAGGAAAAUACCGACCCUAAAACAAAAAUUGCAAAAAGAAUCAAAAAUAGUUAAAAUAAAUGAUUUAGAUUGGAAACCAGUUGAAAUACCAGAUAAUUUAGGAGAUUAUACUGGAUUUCUUGGAUUAGAAGAAAUUGAUGGAGUUGAUGUUGAAGUUAUUGAUGGGAAACCUCAAUUUGUUAUGAAAGAAGAAAAUAUUGAAAAGAAUGAUAAAGUAGAUGAUAUUCUGGAGAAUAACGAAGAUAUAGAAAUUAAUGAGGAGGAUGAAGACGAAGAUGAAGAUGAAGAGAUAUUGGAUGACGAAGAAUUUACAGGAUUUGAUGAUGAAGAAGAGGAAACAAUUAUCUCAGAAAGUCUAGACCCUGUACAAGAAGAUAAAGAAGACGAAGAUGAUGAAGACGAAGAACUAAAACAUAAUACAUUUGCAAAUUUAGAUCUACCUUUACCGGAAGAUGUUCAUUUACCAGAAUGGGAUUUAACAGAUGAAACAAAACUUAGUCCCUUUACAUUAAAUGGAUUAUUAAAUUUAAAAUUUAAUUCACCAACACCAAUUCAAAAAAAAACUAUACCAAUUGCUAUAAAAGGUAAAGAUAUAAUAGGUAAAGCUACAACAGGUUCAGGUAAAACUUUAGCUUAUGGUAUACCAAUACUUGAAAAAUAUUUAAAUUCUUUAAAUAAAAUUAAAGAAAAUAUUAGUAAAAAAAUUAUAAAUCAUCCAAUUGGUAUAAUAUUUACACCAACGAGAGAAUUAGCUCAUCAAGUAGUGGAUCAUUUAACAAAAUUAGCUGAAUUUACACCAUUAUCAUCAAAAGGGAUCGUCAGUGUAACUGGUGGAUUAUCUAUACAAAAACAACAAAGAUUAUUGAAAUUUGGACCUGGUAUUAUAGUAGCAACGCCUGGUAGAAUGUUAGAAUUAAUUUCAAAUGAUAAUGAAUUAUGUAAAAGAUUAAGUUUAACUGAUAUAAUAGUAUUAGAUGAAGCAGAUAGAUUAUUACAAGAAGGUCAUUUUGAAGAAUUUACAAAAAUAUUAGAAUUAUUUAAUAAAUUUAGAAUUAAAUCAAAAGAUAUUGAAUGGAAAUGGCAAACUUUAGUUUUCAGUGCAACUUUUUCAAAAGAUUUAUUUGGAAAAUUAAAUAAACAACAAAUUGGUAAGAAUAAUAAAAAACCAAUAAUUGAUGGAAAUUCAUUAGCUGGUAAUGAUGAAAUUAUUGAAUUAUUAAAUGAAAAAUUAAAAUUUAAAGAUAAAAAACCUAUACUUAUAGAUGCUAACCCCAAAGAAAUUGUAAGUGGACAAAUUACUGAAGCAUUAGUUGAAUGUGGUCCAACAGAAAGAGAUUUAUAUUUAUAUUAUUUUUUAUUAAUGUAUAAAGGUUCAACAUUAGUAUUUGCAAAUUCAAUAGAUUCAGUUAAAAGAUUAAUACCAUUAUUAAAUAAUUUAAAAAUUCCAACAUUUGCAAUACAUUCAUCAAUGUUACAAAAACAAAGAUUAAAAUCUUUAGAAAAAUUUAAAGAAGCUUCUUUAAAAAAUUCUUCUGCUGUAUUAGUUGCUUCAGAUGUUGCAGCAAGAGGUUUAGAUAUUCCAAAUAUUGAUCAUGUUGCUCAUUAUCAUUUACCAAGAUCUGCUGAUAUUUAUAUUCAUAGAUCUGGAAGAACUGCAAGAGCUGGAAAAGAAGGUGUCUCAGUUAUGUUUUGUUCACCACAAGAAGCAAGUGGUCCAUUAAGAAAAUUACGUAAAUUAAUUGUAUCAAAUGCUUCUACCAACAAUGGAAAAUUAAAUAUUCAUAAAGAUGUUAAAUUAUUACCUAUUGAAAUGGAUUUAAUAAAUCAAUUAAAACCAAGAAUUGAAUUAUCUUCAAAAUUAGCAGAUUCAAAUAUUUCAAAUACUGCAACAAGAAAAGAAGAUUCUUGGGUAAAACAAGCAGCUGAAGAUUUAGGAGUUGAAGAUUUACAUGAUUUAGAGGAAUUUGAAGAUGAUAUAAUCAAGAAACAAAGGAAAAGAAAAGAAGGUAAAUUAUUAACAAAAGAUGAACAAAAAAGAAUAAAAUAUGAAUUAAAUCAAUUAAUUUCUAUACCUAUAAGAAAAAAUAAUAGAAGAUCUUAUUUAACUAGUGGAUAUGAUAAUUUAGCUCAUCAAAUGAUUAGUGGGAAUUAUCAUGAAGAUGUUAUAGGUCAUGAAAAAGUAAAUGCUUUAAAAGAUUUGAAAAAGAAAGAUAAUACUAUCAAAGCUGUUACUAAUGGUAUUUCAAAACAAGACAAACUUUUAAAAAUUAAUGAAAGAAAACAAAGUAAAAAAGAUGCUAAAAAGGAAGCUAAACAAAAGAGACAACAAUUGAAAAAUGGAGGAUUGAGUAAUGAUGAUAUGGACGAAAGUUGA